AUGGCGGCAAGUCCAUCCAUGCUCGUUGCUGCGAUCACCUUCCUCCUCGCCGCACCUCCGGCCUUCGCGGAACAAAGAGGCUUCCGUGCCACCAUGACCCGCACCGAGCCGGCCAUCAACUUAACAAGGGCCGCGCACAAGUCCCACGAGCGGCUGUCCAUGCUCGCCGCCCGGCUUGACGCUGCCUCAGGGACUGCGCAGACCCCGCUUCAGCUUGACAGCGGCGGCGGCGCGUACGACAUGACCUUCUCCAUCGGCACUCCACCGCAGCAGUUGUCGGCCCUCGCGGACACCGGCAGCGACCUCAUCUGGGCCAAGUGCGGCGCGUGCAUGCGGUGCGUGCCACAAGGCUCCCCUUCCUACUACCCAAACAAGUCGUCGUCUUUUUCCAAGCUGCCCUGCUCCAGCAGCCUCUGCAGCGACCUGCCGUCGUCCCAGUGCUGCGCCGGAGGCGCCGAGUGCGACUACAAGUACUCCUACGGCCUUGCCAGUGAUCCACACCACUACACACAAGGCUACCUGGGGAGCGAGACCUUCACUCUCGGCAGCGACGCCGUGCCAGGCAUCGGCUUCGGCUGCACCACAAUGUCGGAGGGCGGGUACGGCUCGGGCUCCGGCCUCGUCGGUCUCGGCAGCGGGCCGCUGUCCCUCGUCUCGCAGCUCAAGGUCGGCGCCUUCUCCUACUGCCUCACCAGCGACGCCGCCAAGACGAGCCCGCUCCUGUUCGGCUCCGGCGCCCUGACGGGCGCCGGUGUCCAGUCGACGCCACUCCUGCAGACAUCCACCUACUACAGCGUGAACCUGGAGAGUAUCUCGAUCGGCGCCGCGACGACGCCCGGAACCGGAAGGAGCGGCAUCAUCUUCGACUCCGGCACCACGGUGGCGUUCCUCGCCGAGCCGGCGUACACGCUGGCCAAGGCAGCGCUCCUGUCGCAGACGACGAACCUCACGAGGGUCCCGGGCACGGAUGGGUACGAUGUCUGCUUCCAGACGUCCGGCGCCGUCUUCCCGUCCAUGGUGUUGCACUUCGACGGCGGCGACAUGGACCUGCCGACGGAGAACUACUUCGGGCAGGUGGACGACACCGUCAGCUGCUGGAUCGUGCAGAAGUCGCCGAGCCUGUCCAUUGUCGGAAACAUCAUGCAAAUCAACUUCCACAUCCGGUACGAUGUGGAGAAGUCCAUGCUGUCCUUCCAGCCAGCCAACUGCGACAGUUUCUGA